AUGAGGGCCCUUGAUUUUGACAGCCGCCCCUCUCCUCGCCUCUUCACAUCACACCUACCUUAUUAUCUGAUGCCGAAGGAUCUGAGGAACAAGAUAGGAAAAGUUAUUUAUGUAUCCAGAAAUCCAAAAGAUGUAGUGGUGUCAUUUUAUUACUUCCACAAACUUAUUGUCAAAUACCAUAACACAGCAAUCACUUGGGAAGCAUUCUUUGACCGCUAUGUGGCAGGAAAAGUAUUUGUUGGCUCAUGGUUUGAUCAUGUCAGGGGCUGGUACACCCACAAGGAGGAAUUUAAUUGUCUGCUUUUAUCAUAUGAGGAAAUGAUCAAGGAUCUACGAUCUGCUGUUCUGAAAAUAUGCCAAUUUGUGGACGUGAAGCUUGAUGACCAAGCAGUAAACAGAAUUGUGGAGAAAACAACAUUUAAGAACAUGAAACAAGAUCCACUAGCUAAUUAUACAUUUAUUUCAAAGGAAAUUCUAGACUACAGUAAAGGAGAUUUUCUUCGUAAAGGUAUUAUUGGGGACUGGAAAAAUAUGAUGACUGUGGCACAAAGUGAGAGGAUGGAUGAGGUACUUAAAGAGAAGUUGAGGGAUCUGCCAAUCACAUUUAUCUGGGACAUCAAUGAGGAAAUGGAAUCCUAACCAGAUCCAGGAUGACAAAUGACAAUUAUGAUCAUGAUCUAGUUCUUGUAUUUUUGGAUAACAAAUUAAUGUGAAUAAAUAGGCAUAUUUUACUAAUUUUCUUUUGUUGCAAUAUUAAAUGGAAAUUAAAAACGGAUUCUAAAUAAAUAUAUGGAAAACAAAAGUAUGUACUUAAUUUCAUAUUAUACAGGUGAUUUUACUGCACAUAACACAAUUCAUAUAUAGAAC